AUGAAGUCCAUCAGCGCCCUCCUUACCGCCGCCCUUCUCCUCUCUGUGGGAAACGGCCUAGCCGUCCCCUCAGAGGUCCCAGCCGAAGCCCGUGGCCUUGAGGAGGCCAUCGACAUCCGCGACAUCGAGGCCAUCCUCGGCGAGCGGGAUAUCAACCCCAAGUACACGUACGCCAACUUCCCGUCGAGCGCGACCUGCGCGAAGCAGACGUACAACGCUGGCGACGUGAAGGACGCCGGUGACGCCGGUGGCCGCCUCGAGUCGCGCGGCAAGUCCAUCGGCAAGAACAAGUACCCGCACCAGUACUUCAACCGCGGCAACGAGAUCAAGAACUUCGACUCCAAGUGCAAGGGCCCGCUCUACGAGUUCCCCAUCCUGCAGAACAAGAAGGUCUACGUCGGCAACCCUGACGACCCAGGCGCCGACCGUGUUGUCAUCAACGUCUCGGCUAAGGACAAGAAGACUGGCAACGUCGUUAUCACCUUCUGUGGCUUGAUGACCCACACUGGUGCCAGGAACAGGAGCGCCUUUACUCAGUGCAGCUGGAAAUAA